AAUCCCGGUAAGAGUUGUCACGUGAAUACAGGCUUUGAAGGAUUUACUUUUUUCCGAAAUAUGGCAACAAAGUAAAUUUAAGGAUCGUUUAUCUUUGUUAAUAUAUAACGUUUUUUUUACAUGGCAAAGUACUUAAAUCUUAAAUGUGUUUUUCUAUUAUUGUAUUAAGAACCUACGCCUCAAAGAAAUCAGAAAAACUCACGCAUGGUGAUAAAAAAACAUUUUUAGGAACUGUGACCAACUUGAGUGUUUCAGCUUUUUUUCUCUCACGAAAACUUUCGAGUGUAAAAUAAAUAUUGUGAGGACAUAUCUGAAAACUUGCAUCGAUCUUGUUGCUUUAUAUUACACUUGUAAAGCUUAAAAGUGUAUAUAAAAUAUCAAUUAUCUUCAGGUUUUAACAAGGGGUUCGCACUUAUUUGCUUUUAGAACACUCGUUUUUAAGUCACGGUAAUAAAUUUCAUAAAAUUUUAAUGUACAAACCUCACGACGGCAUUGUUUUAUCUAAUGUUUCUACAAAAUGCAACACAGUGUCCUGCAGAUGUCUCGCGUGACAUGGAGUAUUUUUUUGCGUGGUAUGUUCGUUCGUGACGCUGAGACGAAAAUGGAAUUUUUACGUGACAUUGAUAAAACAUAUAUUUCGUAGCAAUAGCUUAGUGUACUAUACAAUAUUGUUUAAUUGAAGAAAGCUUAUAGCCGAAGGUAUGAUUAUAAUUGCGUAUUAGCGGACGAGAUUAAAUGAAGGAUUUGAAUUCUAUCAAUGUUAUAUUUGCUCAAUCUGACACGAGAUAAACACAUUUACGCUAAAAGUCUCCAACAGAGAUCUCAAGCAGAAAUAAAGAUAACCAUAAAGUGUUUUUCUGGACAGAGAUAUGAAUUUAAGAUGUGAAAAUCUUUUGCAAAUUUCGAAAGUUUAGACGUGAAAAAUCAUGGAAAUAACUCAACUGCGGACGCCAAUAAUUCGGCACAAGUCCCACCCGUUACCACAAAUCAUCUUCACAAGUGAUGACAGUGAUGAGUUAUUCAAAAAUUCUUCACAAUCUGAUAAUGAAACUGAUGAUUUCGAUGAAGCAAAGUUUCACUAUGACUCGGAUUCUUUGUUUUCCGGGGGAAAUGAAAUUUCAUUACCGGAUAUGACGAACUCAGUACCGGAAGUGACGUAUGGACUAAAGCCUAGAACGGCAUGGAUGUACAGGUUAAUGGAAAGGGCGGGUGUUGGCGCGCGCAGUGCACGUGGGUUACCAUGGUGUGAGAACGAGAAGGAAUCUUUCCAACAUCACGCAGAGUAUCUGAAACGCUUGUCCAAGCUUCGGGAGGAAUUGAUACAACAAGAACAGAGUAACUUGGCUAACGCUCUUGACAGACUUAGAAUGCGAUCCUAUGGUCGGGAAUAUGUGUACUCUCAGCCCCAGAAGGAGAAGAAGGCACGUCAACGUCAUUCUGCGCAGAGUGACGUCCCCGUAAAGAGGAACUCCCUCAUCACAACGUUCGAAAAAUUUCAGCGGAUGCGGCCAAAGAAACCCCCACCGUUGAUCAUGCCUUUAGAGGGGAAAUCCCUCAUAGAAGCUCCAGUCACCGAAAGGCAAGAAAGGUACGAACGUCACGAACGACGUCACGGUAACCAUAGCAGUCGAAAUGAGACAGGUACGGAUAGAUCGGUGGAAGAAAACGUCCGAGUUAACUUGCAGAGAUUAACAACACAUCCGAUUCCAAGUAUUCCUCGACAGGGUAGGAAUAACCAUCGCGAUAUAGUGCUUGAAAGUAGUUCCUUCCGGCGCGGUACGAACAAUGACGCAAAUAAUUCUAGUAACGCGGAGGAAAGAAUCGCGCAAAUGCAAAAACAAAAGCAAAAAUUAAUGAAACUUCGGCACGACGCUAGAGAAGCCGAAAAAGUAAAACUAAUGCCACAAAGUUUUAGAAUUGAUACACUAAGUGACGAGGAUCGUAUGAAUUUAGAGAAACUGAAAGAUUAUUAUUGUAUUUAUUACGUUCCUGCGCCGAGUACGUCACCAGUGGGUGAUAAUGAUUUACAUGUUCACCUCCCCAAAAUAGGAUGUAACGGCUCGUGCAAUCACUCAUUUGUUGAAAGUGAAAGCGGAGGGUCUUCUUUACGCAGUUCAAGGUCAAAUGGACUAAAUGGAAAACAGAUAGGAUUUAAAGUUACAACUGAUUUUCCCAUUCCACCUUGCGCGUGUGAUUGUUCGUGUAAGAUGUAUGUUAGUGGGAAUAAAGUAGAAGCACCCAUAGACGCUAUGGAUUAUUCAAUUCACCAAACGCACGCAGUUAAUAACCCACACGGAAAAGGAAAUGCACAUUAUAAACCCAACGCGGGAUAUAGUCGGGAAACUUCAAGAAGUACCGACAAGAGUUGGUCUUUCGCGAAAAGUUCAGAAAAAACGGAAAAACACCGCUCACCUCCAAAUUCACAGGAGAAGAAGCGAAUAAGAGUUGACAUGCCAGCGAUUGUUUACAAUACAGUACACAGUCCUGAACCUGGGCCAGUAGACUAUCAGGCAGGGCUCGUGAAAGCUUUCAAACAGAAAGAACUACGACAGAAAGAGUUGUCAAACUUAAUGGAAGAUGUUCGAGAAUUAAAUAAGAUGACAGACACAAUGUCUGGUACUACGACAUGAUAAGGGGUUAUAUUGUUGCAAAACUGUAUUUAUGCGUUAUUUAUUUAUUUAUUUAUUUAUAAGACAAAAUUUGCACUUAUUUUGACAAAAUAUACGUAUUUAUUCAUUUGAAAUAAAGUAUGCCUAGCAGA